GCAAAUUAAGUUAAGAUUCGAGUACAAGGACAUGGAGGACGAGUCCUUUGCAAUGAACGGUGGGGAUGGCCUCAACAGCUACAAGAAGAACUCCAAGUUUCAGAGACAGGGAUUCGAUGCAUCAAAGAUCUUGUUGAGAGACAGCAUUCAAGAAAACUUCACAAUUCAAAACAAUUUGAAUGGCAAUAUCACAACAAUAUUGAGAAUUGCAGACCUUGGAUGUUCAGUUGGACCCAACACUUUCGCUUGCGUCAAAACCAUCAUAGAAGCUGUGAAGCUCAAGUUCGAAACUCAUCAGGAUUUCAAAACCCAAUUGCCUGAGUUCCAGGUCUUCUUCAAUGACCAGGUCUCUAACGAUUUCAACACGCUAUUCAAGGGGUUCCCGGUCGAUAGGAAUUACAUGGUGGCCGGAGUUCCAGGCUCGUUCCAUGGCCGGCUCUUCCCUAAGGCCUCGAUGAACGUGAUGCACACCUCCUUUUCCCUUCACUGGCUGAGUAGGGUUCCGGAACAAGUCACCAAAGAAGGGUCUCCUGCAUGGAAUAAAGGAAGAGUCAGUUACGUGAGCAGCUCUGAUGAAGUUGUGGAGGCCUUCUCAGCUCAGUUUGUGAGGGACAUGGAGGGUUUCUUUGCUGCAAGGUCGGUAGAGUUGGUGGAUGAUGGGUUAUUGGCCCUUCUCAUACCCUGCCGGCAAGAGUCAACUCUCCCUUCGGACUCAAUUUUAGCGCAUAUUUACGAGUGUGUGGGACUUUCACUUGCAGAUAUGGCCAAAGAGGGGUUGGUGAGUGAGGAUCUUCUGGACUCGUUUAAUGUACCAAUUUACAUUCCAAGUCCGUCUGAAGUUAAAAAUUUGGUGUUGGGAAUGAAGAGCCUGUUUAGUAUCGAGAGGUUAGAGGAACUGUUAUUCCCAACAAAUCUUAGUACUCCUAAUGAUAUUCGAGCUUGCGUCUCUCAUAUAAGAGCUACGGUUGAAGGCGUUGUAUGCAAGCAUUUCGGAUCCGAACUCAAUACUGAAGAACUUUUCGAAAGAUACUUUCACAAGAUAGAAGAAUUCUCAAAGACACCUCGGUUUACUAACAUUGAGAAUGUGGCAAAUUUGUUUAUGCUUGUUAAGCGCAAAUUCCAUAUGAUGAAGUGA